AAGAAGUUUGUAACGACGGCGUGUUGCAUCCUUCCGCCACAAAUUCAGCCAGUCUUGACAGUGUGUUCUCUACAUCGGACUCCAGUACAUCUUUUAGUAGCAGUGGAUCCUUCGAUUCAAGUUCAAGUGAACUGACGGGAAAGCAGAGUCGACUGAAUCAAAUUACGUUUGCAAACUUCUGUGAGCGAUACGAACGCACAGGACAAAAACUGGGUAGCGGGUCCUAUGGUUCCGUGGAUACUUUUCGCAAUCGUGAAUCAGGGAGAGAGUAUGCGGUAAAAGUAAUCAAGAAUUGUGACAAUAAAAGCCGAAAAAAAGUAUGGACUGAAAUUGACAUUUGUCAACGUUACAGUUGUGACCAUAUCAUCAAACUUGUAGAAUUCUGUGAGAUUGGAGACAUGUUUUUUCUAAUUUUUGAUAAGAUGGGAGGAGGAGACCUAAGAGGGAUGUUGGAAUCACGUGAUUGUCUUCGUCUGAGUGAGACAGAAGCCUCUAAAGUUAUGAACGCCCUGGCCAAAGCCCUCCAGGCUCUUCACGUCGAUGGUGUGGCCCACCGGGACAUAAAAUCUGAAAAUAUUUUGUGCAAAAAUUCAGGAGAGGUCACACCACUUGUGUUAUGUGAUCUUGGGCUUGCCAGUGACCUCGCUUCUCGAUCUGAACUCUCAAAAGGGGACAUAAGUAAGACUACUCUGACGUCACCGGUCGGCACCCCUAUGUACAUGGCGCCAGAAAUUGUCGCUUUAAUGUGCGAUGAGUCUAAGCAACCUUACGACACCAGCUGCGACAUGUGGAGUCUGGGAGUUUUGUUGUACGAAAUUCUGUUCGGUGUGAUGCCCUUUCAACGCGGCUGUGAUGAGCACCGUGGUAGUAUAGAUUUCUCCUGUAAAGACUGCAAGAUCCUCAUGUACCAGGACAUCCUUCGAGGGGACUACAGCUUUCCUGUGAAUGUUGGAGAGUUUUAUUCCCACAGCGCCGUGGAUUUGAUCAAACGUCUGCUAGUGGUUGAUCCCCAAGCCCGCUACUCGGCCGCCGAAGUACUGCAGCACCCCUUUCUAACCGAGCAACAUGAGUGGUAACCUCGUCAUGCGAGCAUCAGUGUGUGGGGGGAGCCUGUGAUCAGCGCCGUCACCCACGCACUCAUUACUCUGUGCAAUGCCAGGGUGUCUCACAUGAAUAUCCUGCCGAAAGUAUCUUGGGCCACAUCGAUCGUUCUUUGUGAAUUUGGGAUUGCAAGUUACUCCCACUCUCGAAGAGACCCCCCGCCCCAAAGGAGACAUGACGAAAACCGCUCUGCGUCUCCCUCUGACCACCCUAUAUUACAUCGCUUUCUGACAUGAACAGUAAAGUCUGUGCGAUGUUAUGGUUGUCACUUAUCGAUCAUUAACACUGUACAUUAUUCUAAGCUUCUGGUCUUGACAUAACCAAUAGAUUUA